CGGGACGAGGCAGCCGGCCCCCGGCGGGUGGAGCGAGGCGGGCGGCAGGGCAGAGGGUGCCCGGCGCGGGGCGCUCGGCGGUGCUGGGGGGCCGUCCCCGAGCAGCAGGGCAGGAGCACGGCUGUGGGGCUGGCACGGGGCUGGGAUUUCCGCCCGCGGGAGCGGUGGUUCCGCGCCUCCCGCCCGCCUUCCUCUUUUAUAUUUUUCCUCCUCCUCCUCUGCCGCCGCGCCACUUCCAGGGGAGGUUGGUGUCAUGUGGCUGGCGCCGAGGGAGGGCUGCCCGGGGCCGCAGCGGCAGUGAGAGGCGGUGAGAGCAGCCCAAGCGAGCGGAGCCGAGUAUCCUGCGAUGACAGCCAUGAAGGAGCAGCCGGCGCACCCGGGCGGCAGGGGGAACCCGCCGCCGCCGUCGCAGCCCGACCAGGAACUUGGAAGUAACAGCCCUCCGCAGAGGAACUGGAAGGGAAUUGCUAUUGCGCUGCUGGUGAUUCUAGUUGUUUGUUCACUCAUCACUAUGUCUGUCAUUCUUUUAACACCAGAUGAGUUUGCAAAUUCUUCUGAAACCAGAUUGUCUUUGGAAGAUCUCUUCAGAAAGGAGUUCAUAGUUCAUAAUCCAGAAGCCAAAUGGAUUAAUGAUACAGCAGUGGUGUAUAAAGAUAGGAAUGGGCAUGUUAUUGAACUGAAUGUAGAAACAAAUACCACUACAUUAUUACUGGAGAACACAACUUUUGUAACUUUCAAAGCAUCGAGAUACUCAGUUUCACCAGACUUAAGAUUUGUUCUUCUUGCAUACGAUGUAAAACAGGUUUUUCAUUAUUCUUAUACAGCUUCAUACGUGAUUUACAACAUUCACACACGGGAAGUUUGGGAGUUAAACCCUCCAGAAGUAGAGGAUUCAGUAUUACAGUAUGCGGCAUGGGGUGUCCAAGGGCAGCAACUGAUUUAUAUUUUUGAAAAUAACAUCUACUACCAGCCUGAUGUAAAGAGCAGCUCAUUGCGUCUGACAUCUUCGGGAAAAGAAGGAAUUAUUUUUAAUGGAAUUGCAGACUGGUUAUAUGAAGAGGAACUUCUCCAUUCUCAUAUUGCCCACUGGUGGUCUCCAGACGGUGAAAGAUUGGCAUUCCUGACCAUAAAUGACUCCCUGGUUCCUAGCAUGGUUAUUCCCCGAUUUACUGGAGGCCUAUAUCCAAAAGCAAAGCAGUAUCCAUACCCUAAGGCAGGUCAAACAAACCCAACAGUAAAGCUGUUUGUAGUUAAUCUGUAUGGACCAGCGCAUACACUGGAACUGAUGCCACCUGACAGCUUUAAAUCAAGGGAAUACUACGUCACCAUGGUGAACUGGGUAAGCAACACCAAGGCUGUGGUGAGAUGGUUAAAUAGACCCCAGAAUAUCUCCAUCCUUACAGUCUGUGAAACAACGACUGGCGCUUGCAGCAGGAAAUAUGAAAUGCAGUCAGAACUUUGGGUUCCUAAACAGAAUGAAGAACCUGUUUUCUCCAGGGAUGGCACUAAGUUCUUCAUGACUGUCCCUGUGAAACAAGGAGGCCGGGGUGAAUUUCACCACAUAGCCAUGUUUAUUGUUCAGGCUAAAAGUGAGCAGAUCACUGUGAGACACCUGACAUCGGGAAACUGGGAAGUUAUCAGAAUACUGGCAUAUGAUGAAAAUACUCAAAACAUUUAUUUCUUAAGCACUGAAGAGUCCCCAAGAGGAAGACAGCUGCAUAGUGUGUCAACAGUGGGAUCAUUGAAUCGACAGUGCCUCUCAUGUAACUUCUUGAAAGACCAGUGCACAUACUUCAGUGCAAAAUUUAGCCCCAGGAACAGGCAUUUUUUACUGCACUGUGAAGGGCCAGGUGUUCCAGUUGUUAGCGUGCACAGUACCAGUGACACUGGAAAGUUUUAUAUUUUGGAAAACAAUGCUGUGUUGAAGGAAGCUGUUUUUAAGAAAAAGAAUUCCAGGACUGAAAUUAAAAUGCUUCACAUUGAGGAUUACGAACUCCCUUUACAGUUGUCACUACCAAAAGAUUUCACGGAUCGGAACCAGUAUGCCCUUCUGCUAAUGAUUGAUGAAGCUCCAGGCAGCCAGUUGGUUACAGAUAAAUUUCGCAUUGACUGGGACUCAGUGCUUGUCAACUCUGAUAAUGUCAUCAUAGCUCGAUUUGAUGGCAGAGGGAGUGGAUUUCAAGGCCUCAAGAUCCUACAGGAGGUGCACCGAUGCUUAGGAUCAGUGGAAGUGAAGGACCAAAUAGCAGCUGUAGAAUCAUUAUUGAAACAGCCCUUCAUUGAUCCUAAGAGACUGAGUAUAUUUGGAAAGGGAUACGGUGGCUACAUUGCAUCAAUGAUUCUGAAAUCUAGUGAGCGGCUUUUCAAAUGUGGAGCUGUGGUGGCACCAAUUACAGACAUGAAGCUAUACGCAUCAGCUUUUUCAGAAAGAUACCUUGGUAUUCCAUCAAAAGAGGAAAAUGCCUAUCAGGCAUCCAGUGUAUUACACAAUCUUCAUGGUUUAAAAGAAGCAAAUAUGCUAAUAGUUCAUGGGACAGCAGACACUAAAGUCCACUUCCAGCAUUCAGCAGAACUAAUUAAGCAUCUAAUAAAAGCUGGAGUUAAUUACACUAUGCAGAUCUACCCAGAUGAAGGUCAUAACAUUGCUUCUGAGAAAAGCAAAUAUCACCUUUACAGCACAAUCCUUGGGUUUUUUAGUGCUUGUUUAAAGGAGGAGACACUGAUUUUACCACAGGAACCUGAAGAGGAUGAAUAAGGAAGCCUAUUUGUGUAGUACUGAAGGGGACUUACUUUGCGGCUCAAUAAAACCUUAAAGUGACUGUGAGAUUGCAGAUUCUGCAGAAGCUCAAGGGCAGCUAAAGGAUAUCACAGUGGAACAGCACACUUACAGACAAUGAGCUAAUAAACUGGAAUUCGACUACAAAGUCCAGACACAUUACCAAGGGACAAAACCUUUACCUUUAUGGAAGGUCAACAGUUGGUUACAGUUUCCUGGAAGAACAUAGUUUUGCAUAAGUGUAGGGUUAGUGCAUGUUUGUUAUGUUAAGCCUCACUGUUGGUUCUGUAAGUGGUUGCUUGUUUUUCAUUUAAAUGCACAUCUUUAUUCAUCUUUGUAUAAUGCACAACCUAUCGUAAGUAUUGUGGCCACUAAUAUUUUAAAAGGUAAGCUGCAAUCUAACACUUCACUGUAAUGUUACAAUAAGUGCAAUUCUUCUGCUGUCUAUUACCCAUAAGAAACCACAAAGAUAAUAAAGGGCACGAUAUUUUCUCUAGUUUCUGCUCCAAGGGGAUAUACUGUCUAUUGCAUCAUGUACACUGAUAUUGAAAAUGAUUUUUUUUUUUUCGAUUUUGACAUUUACUAUUAUUACUAUACCCACUAGUAACCACUGAGGAAUUAUUUGGUAGUGUAUCCUUGGUCUUUAUGUAUAUACUCAAGACUCCCUAAGCAGAAAAUGUUUCCGAGCUUGAAGAAUUUUUUUGAGACACAGUUAACAGCUGUAUUUAGAACAACAUCUGCAAUUGAAAUCCUUCCCCAGUCCAAAAUGUAUCCAUUGUUUCGUCGAAGUAUACUUGAGUUGUGUUUCGGUAUUGUUUAUAGUAGUUACUAGUUUUGCUGGUUACAUUCUAAUUUUAGAAUAUGCUACUCUGUCACCUGUAAAUUAGAUACAUAAAUAUUAUAGUUUCAGAUAAAGAAAAUUUAUUUACAAUGUAUAAUGCCAUUGAGUAAUAAUUUACUCUUCAAAUGAAAAAUUAUUUUGUAUAGUGCAUGUUCCUUUCUUCCAUCUGGUCUCAGAUUUAGAUCUGAAGUUCCUCGAGGUGGCCACGUAGCUAGAAUACUCCAUACAUUCUUAUUGCAGGGCUACGUCUCUUGCAUCCGGAUUUAGAUUCUGCAGCAUCUCAAAGAAAUGAAAUGUUUUUCAUUCAAGGCAAAGGAAGAUCUGACAAGGGAAGUUGUAUUUGUUCAGAAGGUGAGCCCCCCCAUACAUUCAUUUAUUUGCCAAGGUGAGUUCCAGCAGUAGAAAAUGGAUCUAUGAAAUAGGCAGGACAGCCAGUUUGGAUUUGCAAAACAUUACUUCCAAUCACUGAAAUCAAGUGCAGUGUUAUCUUAAUUUGAGGUAUCUUUGGGAAAGUGUGUGAAAACUCCUGACAGAUGCUGUGCAGCGUAACUGAGAAUAGCUAAAAUUUCUUUUCUUUCUGGAUAUGCUCCAGGUGCUUUUCUACCCAAUUAAGGUUUAAUUUUUUAUGAAAUUAGAAAGCAAAUAACUUCUGGAAAGUAACUUAUAGAAUUUAAGUUGCAAAGUUCUGCAUAUUUUAUGAAAAAAUAGGGAUUAUUUUUAACAUAAUCAAAAAUCACCUGAAGCUUUCUACUUGUUUUUUUUUUUUUCUUUUUUUUUCUUCUUUUUUUUUUUUUUUUUCAUUCUGGAGUAUUUUCUUCAACUUAGCAUUUUUUAUGACGUAAAUGAUUAAUUUGAGUGAAAGGUAUGGUUUUAUGGUGCCCUGAAAAGUCUCUGUCUUUUAAUGCUUAGUAUUUAUCUUGCUUUAUUAGUUACGUUUAUCUGUUUGUAAUAUGCAAGGACAACUCGUCUGGAGCCUGGUGUCACCGCAUAGAGUGGCUUUGCUUUGUACACAUGUCAAGUAUUAUGAUAAGGCCAUAAAAAAAAAGAAGAAGACUUUUUUAAGAUGAAGUUUUGCAAGUCUUGUUUUUUACUAGGUGAGCAACUUUUUAACAUCUUGUAUUGACUGAGACUUCUAGAUUGUGAUUUUCUGAAUUACACACUGUACGUUAUAAAUCCACUUGACAAUACCGAUGAUUUUCGUAACCAAGCACUGUAGAGGAGGUCUUAAUCCAGUGGAACACCAUGGGAUGUUUUUCCCAAUUGCAGCUAAAUGUACACAAAGGAGCACAGCUGAUGUGCACGUGUUGAGCAUGCCACAUGCCCAGUCAAACUAACGCACAUUGGCUGCUGCCCUGAGACACCCAGCGUGUGUUCAGAUUUACUGCAUUUCAUGCCUAUCACCUUUAGUUGUCUUGCAAAAGCAAACAAACAAGGUUUGUAUCUCAGCAAUAAGGUUAUGUAUGUGCUCAGGAAGCAUUUUAUCUUGGACCUGUGCCUUUGGCAGUAUGUUCCUUACCUCUGAGCACACAUUCUGUCUUCAUUUUCCCCCCACACACCUUUCUGUUUCAGGCCACCAUUCCCUGUUCUUACUGUACCAUCAUCUCAUCUCCCAUUUUAAUCAAUUGAGUUUAAUAUGAAGAUGGCAUGAAGACUUGACUUCUGUAGGAAUGCUUUUGCCAGGAUUACUAGUGUGCUUAAACUGUGUGUGUUAUCUGAAAUGUGGGUUAUUUGUAUGGAAGUGUAAUCUGCUUUUUAAUUUGUUGUCCUGCAAAUACUGAUAUUUUUAUAUAAAGAUAUGUAUACAAAGGCAAGCAUCAGAACUAUAUUGUUUUUUUGUGAGACUUUUUAGUGUGAGUUAAAUGCAGAUACUGCAAAAAGAUUUGCAGAUGCAGCCUCUGAUUCGAACUAAAGGAUUUGAUGCAAGAGGAGGUGCAGAGCUAUUAUUACUCUUGCUAACUAGUUCAGGUAUUUCAUUCAGUUCCAGCACAAUUAUGGUUAUCUGGCAGAUUCUACAUACGUAGCAAGUGGCAGUCGCUCGUUAAUUAGUCUGUUAUCAAUAGUAUUGAUUGGGACAUACAGCACAGAAAUACCAUGUAAAGCGUAGAUUUUUCUGUACCUUCACCCAUUGUUAAGCACUGUAAUACUGUUUUAGGACUGAAAAGGUACUCUUUGAUUCAGCUGUCCUUACUCUGUGACAUUUACUAGACUAGACCUAGUAAUUUAUGGAAACCUAGAGAAUCAGCACAUCUCUUUAUUGCUUGCUAGAGCUUAUCUGACAUCCUUGACUUUUGUGUUCUUUUUCUGCUGUUAGGACUUGCAAAAUCUAUUAAAACUGUAGUCAUAUUGAAGCUUCAGUUAUAUUGCAAAAUCGGUUGUACUGUACAUUAGUUGGAAUAUAUUUCCCCAGGUUAUUGAGUACAAAAAAAAAAAAAAAAAAAAAAAAAAAAAAAAAAAAAAAGGCUGGUUACUUUUACUUCUAAAUUCAGUGUUUUAAUCUUUUAGCAGAGGUAUUUAUGAGUUAGUUUGAUGAAUAUUUACUGUGGUUUCCUGUAACCAACUGCUUGUUAUUCCUGUGCUUCUGACAUAUGUAGAUCCACCUGUGUCUGAAAAUGAAGGUGAUAACCUCUGUUCUCUCAGUUCUGGCACUUAUUUCAAGUGUGGAGUCAGAUUUAUUUAGUUGAGAAAUUGUGCUUUUCAAGACAGAAGAGCUAGUAUUUGAUCUGAAGCCAAAGAUUCUCCAUGGAAAUUCUGGAAUUUUGAGUGUUGGCUCC